GCAGACGCUUCUUACUAGCACAUACUCAAUCAAUACUAACUCAACCUCAUACAAAAUGUUCAAACUGUUCAUCUUCGCCUGUUUCCUCGCCCUGGCUGCGGCCAAGCCCGGCGUGUUGCCUGUGGCUUACACCGCGCCGGUAGCCGCAGCGUACACCGCACCAGUUGCCGCUGCCUACACCGCGCCUCUCGCCUACUCUGCCUACUCCGCCUACACUGCGCCUGUUGCUGCAUACUCUGCUUACACAUACGCAUCUCCCUAUGCUGCUUACUACCUUCGUCGUUGAUUUUGUUCUUUAAGUUCUGCAUCUUUCUGUUGUUAUAAAAGCUAAAUGUUUAAUUUUUUGG